AACACUGGGGGCUAAAAAUAUCGAUAUUCGCAGGCGAGCCGUGGUACGAAGUCGCGGAAUAAUAAAUUUACGCAACAUACCCCGUCUCACCCCGACCUCAAUUAUUCCAGCCUGAAGCGAAUAUUAGCAGCACAAUACUUGCGUUUCUGCGAGGGGCCGCAAAGGUGCAGCUGCACUGACGAAGCCCCUUCGGUCCUCGAUCGUUCUCCGUCGUCGUAAGAGAGGAAAUUUUAACCAGUAUAGCCCACACCCUUAUUUUUUGUUGGAGGCCAAUCGCAUAGUAUUUUACCAGCCAAGUGUGUCUCCAAAAUUAAUAUCAAAAUGGACAACAAAGGUAGCCCCGAGGAGAAACAAAAAGCCAACAGUGGCAGUAUGGGCUCUGUGUGGAAAAGGCUGCAGCGGGUCAACAAACGAGCUGCCCGUUUCCAAUUCACAGUGUCCUACCACCAAGUCACUCUUGACACUUCAGCCAAAUGGAAACCGAACAAACUGAGCGUUGCUUUUACGAGACGCAGUCGAAGAGUUUUGACCAACCCUCUUCCCUGGGAGCCAACGAUGAAAGACCCCUUGAGAGGGCUCGUCAUCUGGGCCGUGCCAGAAAACCAAACCGUAGCUGUCACAUUGUUCAAAGAUCCCCGGACCCACGAGUUGGAGGAUAAAGAUUGGACCUUUGUCUUAGAAGACGUUGGACCGAAUGGGAAACGGAGACAGUUGGCAGCUGUGCCCAUAAAUAUGAAGCAAUAUGCUAACGUUGUGGCUUCUCACCAGGAAGAAUUGAAACUUACCCUGAAACCAACCAGCAAGAAAAUCACGGCUGCCAGUUUGGAGUGUACAAUUUGCAGUUUUCUCUUGCGGGAAGGAAAAGCAACUGAUGAGGACAUGCAGAGCAUGGCCAGUCUUAUGAGCACAAACAACACAAUGGACGUUGCAAUCAUGAAAGACUUUGACGAAGAAGAAGAGGAUGAAGAAAUGAAUAAUAGUAGAAUCAAGGAGCUUGGAGAUAUCACGUCACAAAUCGACCAAUUGACCAACAGCAUUAGCGAAAAUGAAUGGGGCAGUUCAAAUUCAACCCCCGUUCCCAGUAUUCCGUGUUCACCAAGAGACGAGAUACCACCCAAAGUUUUUGAAGAGCCAGAGUAUGGUUUGAAAUUUAAAUUCAGCAAACAAAAUUAAUUGUUUCUCGUUUCUCACAGGUCUGCCAAUAGCAGUACUCAGGAGAUUAGGCUGAAGUUAAAGCCGUUGGAUUUUGAAAACGGAAACCAAAGUAUCACUCCACUAUCUCGAUCAAUCAGAGAGACGACACCAGGCCAGGAUCUUUUGGAGUGGUGUAAAGAUGUGACCAGGAAUUAUCCUGGCGUGAAAGUCACAAAUUUGACCACUUCUUGGCGCAACGGCAUGGCGUUUUGUGCCCUCAUUCAUUACCAUCGUCCUGAUUUUAUUGACUUCGAUAAACUGCUGCCUCAUGAUAUUAGAGGAAACUGCAAAAUUGCCUUUGAUGCUGGAGAGCAAUUGGGAAUUCCUCGAGUGAUAGAACCGGCAGAUAUGGCUGUCUUGGCAGUGCCAGACAAACUUGCUGUCAUGACCUACCUGUACCAGUUGAGAGCUCACUUCACUGGUCAUGAAUUGGAGGUACAGCAAAUUGGUAAAACAAUUGAUGAGUCGUCAUACAUGAUUGGAAGGUUCAAUACAGACAACAACUCUGAUGUUUCUGCCCAGCUCUUUGGUGCUGAAAUUCGCAAUUUGCAGCAUAAAGAAACUGAAGAGAAAAAGGAACGAGCUUCCUCUCCUCCUCUUGGUGCGGUGCGCGAAGUAAAGGAGAAGUUCCUUGCGAGUUCUAAAAGCAUUCUAGGCAAGGUUUUGUCUCCCUCUAAAGAGAAGACUUUACUCAAGAGUGAAAGGGCAAAGUCGCCCACCACUCCUUCACCACCACCCCUAGCUCAGCCCUUGAUGACGAGACGUCAACUCACUGAUCCUUUUGGCUCCGACGAUGAAGAUGAUGAGCAAAAACAAUCUAGUUCGGAAGCAAGAGAAACCACGCCAAAGGCAAUGUCUCCUAUUGAAGAUGAUGGGUUUAUAAUUGAGGUGUCAAGUCAACCAGGUAGCCCACCUGAAGUUUUGUCGCCCACAGACUCAAAUACAAAGCACAUUUUAAAACGCCACGAGGAACUGAAAGAGCGCGCCAGACAGUUGCUGGAGCAAGCUCGCAAAGAUGCUGUCCGAGGAGGCGCUCCGUUACCACCAUUAUCACUCGCUGUCUCGAAAAGCUCAUCCAAGCAAAAUGAGAAGAGACAACAACAGUUGAAAGAGAAAGCAAGGAUGCUUAUUGAAGAGGCGCGCAAAGGAGUCGUAACCUCUCCUGAUCUUACAAGUCCAAUGAGCCCGGACGGCGAAAGCCCUGCUAAAGAAUUGAAAUCGCCAACAAGUCCAUGGAGCGGUUAUGAAAACUCGCCCAUGAGUGAAGCAAACAUUAGAAGACCCCCAAAACUGCAGUCUUUUUCUUCACUUAUCGAGCGCAUUUCCCCAGACAAGGAGCAGGAACCAAAGUCCAAAGAUCCUGGUAAUUACACUCACAAUGAGCUGGAAAUUUUGGAGAGAGAACAGAACCAGAUAGAUCAAAAAGCUGCCCAUCUCGAGAAGGAGUUGCGGAAAGUCAUGGACACAGGAAAUCAAAGAGAAAAGGAGGAAGAGUUGAUGGCUCAGUGGUUCCUAUUGGUGAACAAAAAGAACGCAUUGCUACGAAGGCAAAUGCAACUCAAUAUAUUAGAAAAAGAAGACGAUUUGAAGAGACGGUGUGAACUGUUGAACAGGGAGCUCAGAAGCAUUCUCUCAAUCGAAGAUUGGCAAAAGACAGAGGAGCAAAAGCUCCGGGAGACGCUGCUUUUACAGGAGCUGGUGACCCUUAUGGAUAAAAGGGAUGAGCUUGUGCACCACCUCGACUCUCAAGAGAGAGCCAUUGAGGAUGAUGACAGAAUAGAGGAGGAUUUGUCAAGAGCCACUAUUGGAGGGCACAACAACCGAAAUUGUGUUAUUCAAUAGUUAAACAUAGUCAGCUCCAUUGCUAGUGAUACAUAAUUUAAUUUAAAACGGGGAAGAUGCUUGUGUGGCUGAAAAUAAUCAUACAGAGGAUGGUGUGUUGUAAACUGACUGGUACAUCGGGGCGCUUCCUCAUUUCUUAUAAAAUUUUUUAAAUUAAUUUUAAGCAUAUUCAAGACGGAAACAAUGAUAUUUACAGAGUAAUUAGAGUUGAUUUAAGUUUCUUGCCAUGUGAGCUUUAGUUAAAGUCAAGUUUUAAUUAUUGCAUUUUUCUGUGUGAAUUGAUACGGUUACUUGCACUUUGUGAAACUUUUUCAAGUUUUCGCUUGUGGUUGCCAAAGUUAAAGGUGCCAGAUAUGAUUUAAGUUGAGAGUUGGUUAAUUAUCACGAAAUUCUCUUUGACAAUCUGUGAUUUGGUUUUAUCACAAUAAGUUUCACGACUAAAAAAUGUUUAAUGCAAUAUUCACUUUUAUUAAUUUAAGUUGUAAGCUUUACGUCUGUGAACAGCCCUGUUAAUAAUUUUUAAUAUGAAUAAAAAUUGUCUUUCGUCAUGAAAAAAAUAUCACUAUACAAAAGCUAUAUUUUUAUAUUAUCA